AUGAAAUGCCUAAAAGCACGCGUGCUGAAAAACAAGAAGAAACAAACUAUCUGUCGGCUGCGUCAGAACCAAGCGGAGAAGGAGCUUCGACGAAUUUUACAACCAGAUGACAUGCAGCGCGUGUUCGUCACACGCAAGCAUGCUGAGACUACAGAGAAAACCAAACGCACCAACAUUCACAAUGAGAAGUUAUCACGGUUGAUACCCAGGAGUUCCACACCAAGCAAUCCCAAUACGGUGUUCAACCUUUCCUCGAAGCGGCUCUCGGACGAUCACGUCAGCUUGCUUUCAAAGGGCCUCGACUUUGCUCUGACUCCACGUGCUCCCGCUACUAUUGAUUUCAUUAUUGAAGCCGAAGACAAACUCCGCCACUUGAAGAAUACCACCGGAGUCAACUUAGCACGUAGCCGCAUAGCGACCACUCUAUCCAAUCUAAAAGUUCAACCGUCGAACUUGAACAAACAGGAACAAGCAGCUCUACGGGAUUUGAAAUCUGACGAGUCGAUUAUCACCCUCCCAGCAGAUAAAGGGAAAGGCACUGUAGUAAUGGACAAAAUCGACUACGAUGGCAAGAUGCUCAAAAUCCUAGUCGACCCCACGCAUUUUAAGAAAGUUACACACGACGCGAUCCGAAAAUCGGAGCGCUCCCUCGUCGACCACCUCCGUAAUUUCAAGAAAAAAGACUGCUUGGAUGAAGAAACCUAUCGCCGCUUGUUUUCCUCAGAUGACUCCAUUCCUAGACUGUACGGCCUCCCUAAAGUGCACAAGCCCGAAUGCCCGCUACGUCCGAUUGUGUCAUUCAUUGGAUCACGAACUUACAACCUUUCAAAGUACCUUGUUGAACUGAUCUCACCUGUAACCGGCAAUAAAAACAUGACCGUACGUAAUUCCCGUGAGUUCAUACAACUAGUACGUGAUCAAGUUAUCGGUGAAGAAGACAUCAUGGUGUCUUUUGACGUCGUUUCGCUCUUUACUAACGUCCAUGUUGCGACCGUGAUUGAAGUCGCUGAAACACGAUAG